CCGUAGCCAGGACGCGGGAAGCUAGAGAUGAAGACAGAGUCUGAACUCGAUGGUGAAAGUAAAGAAGAACUAGAAUACGCAGAUUCUACGACGAAUGGAGGAAGUCAAGCUUUGGUAACUCAGGUACUACGGCCGCCGGUAUUGGUUGGAAUUCCUCUUACGGUGGUCACCACAACAAGUGACCAUAGAGAUUUGUCCGACAAGUUACCACCUAGUCUUUCAACCGGAGAGCCAUCUGCUCUCAGCUCCAGCACAGGAAAUGGAUCGGAUAGUAAUAGCACUCCAGGUCAACAAACUAGUCCCAAAGGCCGGGAUGGUCAGUCUAGGGAUAAAGUUUUUGUGUGUAGCGUUUGUAACCGCUGUUUUGGUUAUAAGCACGUGCUUCAAAAUCACGAACGCACGCAUACAGGUGAAAAGCCGUUUGAGUGUAAAGAGUGCCAUAAACGGUUCACUCGUGACCAUCAUCUGAAAACUCACAUGAGGCUACACACUGGGGAAAAACCCUAUCAUUGUACGCACUGUGAAAGGCAGUUUGUCCAAGUGGCCAACUUACGUCGACAUCUUCGCGUCCAUACGGGUGAGCGUCCUUACGCUUGUGAACUUUGUUCUUCGAAGUUUUCUGAUAGCAACCAACUGAAAGCCCAUAUGCUCAUUCAUAAAGGGGAAAAGCCAUUCCAAUGCACAAAUUGUAUGGGACGCUUUCGCCGAAGACAUCAUCUCAUGCACCAUAAAUGUCCAAAUGAUGAAAUGAAUAUUGGUAAACCCCGCAGAGGUCGCCGUCCUAAGGCGUAUGAUCAAUUUCCAAUAGGAGUUCCACUAACAACUGUUCAACAACCUUUAUUACCAAGUUCCGUCGCUGCCUCAAUAACCUCACCUAAUCCUUUUGCCGCAGGAAGUAGCCACGAGCCUGUACCACCACCAGUGUCCAGAACAACAUCACAAUCUCGCCGCAAACCUCGUCACACCAUCCGAAUUCUAACACCUGAGCAGAGAGAAUUGUUUCUACGAGACCAAGAAACAGUGCAGACACAGGCGAUUGACAUGAGCAUUUCUCCUUCAUCUGGAGGUCCAUUGGCCAUCCUCAUGCCGCGGACUUUUAGUUCAGCUCAUAUUGAGGAAGGUGUUUUAGAUCUCUCCAGCUCUAGAAGUGAUUCAGAUGCUGAGGCCAUCGAGGAAGAAGUAGAAGAGUCCGAAAGUGAUAGUGAAAUUCCUAGAUCCUGGAGGAAGGAGUCAUUGGCCUUCCAUCCUGAAACCUACAGGUCCUGGAAGAAGAAAGUUCCAGAGUUAGAGAGGGAAAAAGAAGGAAACGACAGCGAUGAUCAGCGGCAUGGAAAUGGAAAUCGAGUUGUCAAUGAUGAAGAAGAUAGCAGCAAUGAACCAUUGGAACUGACGAAAACUUCCUAGGAGAGCAAAAUUGUGUUCCUAGUUUUAGAAAAAACAUCGCCUAUGGCUGUUUUGAAAAGUUUAUCUUAAUGAGCUACCUCAAAAAAAAAAAGCGAUUUUGGUAUUCGCCUGCUGAAACAGUGAAGUCUAGAUUUGAUGAGAAUACGCAAUUAAUCUUUUUUUUUCAAAAAAUAACUGCGUAUUAUGUAUCAUACAAGUGUUAAAAAAAACGAGGAAUAGGCAACAUAGAUACAUUUCACACUAUAACUUAAAAACUACUAAUUUACAAUAAACGACUCGUAAAUAAAGAUAUAAAAUCAAACUAUACUUUCUGUUGAUAACGCUACUGGUAUUAGUUUUUACCUGAAAAGGCGCCUAAAACUCAUCUAUAAAAUUGUGUCAUUUAUUAUCGUGUAUAAGUAAGGCAUUACUGUGUCAGCUGGCGGAAUGACCAAAUCGUUAUGGCUAUAGAAGCCAGUUCAAAACAUUGAGGCCCAAAGAGUUUUGUGUGUUAAAGAUUGUGAUAGGUUUUAAUUUCAUGAUUUAUUGCGCAUUAUAGGUUUGAAAGAGAGAGAGAGAGAAAAAAAAACACGUCAAAUCGGUUCUUAGUUGUGGUAAUAAGGUUUAUAAUUUUGUUUUUCAGUCUAUCAACCUGAACCUACCUCAGAGCCACGCGAGGUGUGGCCCUGCUGCUCAUAUGGUGAUGUUUCAAAACAUUUUUAUAGUCAGAACCUAUAGCUACCUCAACCAAGUCAGUUAAUCAGUAUUCGAUGUACGGCAUAAAGAAUUUUAUUUUUCAGGAAUUGAUAGAGAACAAUAUAACGUUUGACUCCUGUGCGGUAUCUCGUAAUGUGAAGAUGCUUAAAAUCGGGUGACCAAAUAAUUUACUGUGUUCUAGUAAACGUUAGUGUUGACGGGUUUCCCAAUCAAAUGAUGAUAUCACAGUUUCAGUCAUCGUGUUGACUUGUGUGGUUAAGAUUAGGUGUUAGGUUUGUGAGCUUGUCAGAAAAUGUAAUGGGAUAUGAAACAUGUUUUUCCCUGAGAAUAAUAUAUUAUAUAAUGUAUAGGGUGUACGAAAAACGUGUCUCUUAUUGCCAGAAAAUACAUAUAAUUGUAAAUAAUUUCUUUUAGGUGAUAUUUUUCCCUUUGCUGUACCUGUUUCUGUUUGGCCCCAUUCUGGUUGUUUGUAUUAUAGGAGAAUUAUAUAACCAUCACAAGGGGGGUGCUGGUUCAGAAUGGGGCUAACCAGCUGUUUGGAUAAUGGUACUACACAGUGAUGAAACUAUAUUAGGAUGAUUUUGACCCCAUUUGUUAUUAGACGUAAAACGUUGUGUCCCUAUGUUGAUUUUA